AUGGCUCUAAUAGGUGCCCAAAUUUCCCCCUUCUCAUACUACUACAAAACCCAAGAUCCAGCUUCAGCUAAAACAGAGGAAAGUGCAGAGUUGCACAGCGAGCAAAAAGUGAAGCACAAGCCAAGAAUCUGCAAGAUGGUGAAAGGGCCCAGUGGAUUUGGCUUCAGUUUAAACAUGAUCAAGAACAAGCCUGGACUGUUCAUCAAUGAGGUACAAAGCCAGGGGCCAGCUGGCGCAGCAGGCGUAGAAAACAACGACUUCUUGGUGGAAGUGAACGGGGUGAAUGUGACCAACGACUCCUAUGACAAAGUGGUGGCAAGAAUCCAAGGCAGUGGUGACAGACUAACACUGCUGGUGUGCAGCAAAGAUGCUUACACCUACUUCCAAAGCCAGAACAUUCCCAUCACAGCCUCUAUGGCAGAUCCAGUCCACGAGAGUUCUGAGCCUCCUGCUUAUACGCAAAACAUCUGUCAGAGACAGGAAGAAAGUCGCCUGAACCAAGGAAAAGGGUGA